CGUGCAUUUCCGCAAGUCAAGUUGAUUACAUCUCAACCAGCUGAACGGCACGGCACACGGUCGGUGGUGUUGUUCGAAUCGAAUCGGAGUUUUUGGUUUUUCCUCCCGAGAGAAGGAGCGAACUGGAAAACUGUGCGUGCGUGCCUGAGAGCUGCCAGGCUACCGCUUAAGGUAAGAAGGACUCGUUUGCUCACGAGGCCAGCGGAGUUCGUGUUGUGCUGUGGUGGCGACUAGUCCUGGAAUUUGUGGUGGAUCCGACCGAGUACAUCGCAAGGAAAGUAUCAACGAAUGUUGGUUCCGGUGAGGAAGUGAUCAGUGGAAUUCAGUAGAUUGUGGAAAGGAACCAAAGAUUUCGCGAGUUCGGUAAUAUACAGCACGGAAACGGUUUUCUUCUCGCCUAGCACCUAGAUUUCGAAGCAAAGAUUUGCCAGUUUGUGAAAGGGUACAGUCAUGGCCGAUAAAAAAGUAGCAGAACAGUACUAUGCCCCGCCCGAGAAAUUGGGCAAAUGGGAAGGAUUCAGCAAGUUCAUCUGGAACAGCGAAACCAGCCAAUGUCUUGGACGGACAGGAUCCAGUUGGGCCAAAAUUCUUUUCUUCUACCUGGUGUUCUACGCAAUCCUCGUUGGAUUCUUCGUAGCAAUGCUUGCAGUAUUCUGGCAAACACUGGAUAUGAAGAUGCCCAAAUAUCAACUAUCCGAAUCGUUAAUAGGGUCGAAUCCAGGUUUGGGUUUCCGGCCGAUGCCCAACGAAGCGAAUGUGGAGAGUACACUAAUCUGGUACAAAGCAUCCGAUAAGGGUAACAUAGAAGCCUGGACAAGACAAAUCGAUGAGUUUUUGGAACCCUACCUAUCCGAAGAGGACAACCGCGUUGAUUGCUCGUUCGAUAGCCCACCGCCCGAGGGAAAGGUAUGCAAGGUACCGAUGAAUGAGUGGAGCCCCUGCACCAAAGCGAACCGAUUCAACUUCCAGAAGAAAAGUCCGUGCAUAUUCUUGAAACUCAAUAAGAUUUUCAACUGGACACCGGAUCUCUAUAAUACCACUGACCACUUACCGGAUGCUAUGCCAGUUGACCUAAAGGAACACAUUGGUGCUGAACUUGGCCGCGGUGACAAAAAUGCCAAUAUGGUAUGGGUGUCAUGUAGCGGAGAAAAUUCAGCUGACAAUGAACAUAUCGGAGCUAUCAAUUACAUCCCACGUCGAGGAUUCCCAUAUUACUAUUUCCCGUUCAAGAACAUCGAAGGCUAUCUGCCACCGAUCGUUGCAGUGCACUUCGAGAGUCCCAAAAGUGGUGUACUGAUCAACAUCGAGUGCAAAGCCUGGGCCCGCAAUAUCCUCUACGACCGAGCGGAGCGAAGAGGGUCCGUCCAUUUCGAACUGAUGGUUGACUAAGAGACCCGGCCAUCGUCUCUAAUAGCAGCUGGCAAGAGUAAAGCAGGCCGUAGAAGAUGAGUCUAGGUGCAGGCGAAGAAAUUUAAAACGUGGGCUAGAAGAAGACCGAAAAAUAAGAGCAACAAAAGCAGUAGAAAGCUAGAAGAAACCAACAUCAGCGUAAACAACCAAAAGCAACAGAAAAGAUGAAUUUAAAACAAUUAACAAUUGAUAAACAUUCACUAAAAGUAAAAAAAAUCAAAGCGUGGUGAACAUCGGCAGUGUCAGAACUACAAACCAAGAACAACAAAUUUAGGUGCGAUCAAUAAUUAAUUUAAAAUAUAACUAAAAUAAAGAAAAAAGCGUAGACAUUAAACAAAAAAAACAAAGCCAGUGCGAAAAUCAUCUCGUUUAGGACGAAAACGAAAGAAAAGUAACAGACAAUUGCAACAUGUACAGCUCUUUAAUGUAUACUCUUAACUAAAAUCGCGAACAACAUAACCUAAAAUAUGUAACAAGAAUUGCUAAAUAAACGAAGAAAGAGGUUAGCCCAGGUGAACGCGACAUCGAGCAGAAAAAAGAGCAUGAGCAUGAGUUCUGGUGUUUGGAAAGAAGUGAUUGUUCAAUUUGACUGAGAGAAUAACACCUACGAAAAAAUACAAGACACACGCCAACGGACAUCCACAGACAGCCACACGGACAACGAGCGACCCCUAUUUGACGAAUUCUUCUAUGUGACAUUAGGCGAUAUGACAGAUGUACGCGUUUCGGACGUAUUUUAGAACAGAUUCGAAAACACUGAAUCAGAUUGUUUUCGAAGUUACAUAGAACUGUGUACAAACGCAAGAAUUUAAUCGCUAAUCAAUGUAAAGAUCGGUAAGCUCGCAAAAGUAGGACAGAAAAAAAACUCUUAUAAUUUUUGUAUGAGUCCAACUUGAAGCUUUUAUAGUGAAUUAGCACAGUUAAAAAUUCAACAACUAACCGUUAAGCAAACAAAAAAACACGGUAUAUUUGUGAUUUAGGGGAGAUCGGAUGCAAUGUUGUUUUGGUUAUUUAGUUUCCGGAUCGAAAAUCUCAACAUGAUAAAUCACAAAUAUAUCUGCGCGAAAUAUCAACAAAGCAGCGGUAGAAAACACGAAACAUAUAGGAAUAACGAUUGAUCUGACAGAAAAACAAGCAAAAACCCUAGUGCAAACAAGUGCAGUCAAAAUCAUUUGAAUGGGAAACACGUUUAAGGGCCUCUUUCUAUUCUUACACUCACUGCCCAACAAAAAAAUAAAUAAAACAUAAAAAAUGCCCACGUAAAGACAAGUUCAUGACCUUACUGUAAAGAGUUACAAAUGACUUAACAAACAAGCGGAACUAAGGCGAAAUGAAAAAAAAAACAUAAAACAAACAAAAGAUAUAAUUUGGUGUAAUUAAACAUAGGAAGCAAAUCGAUGCAUAAGAGUAAACAAGUAAAUUUGAUAAUGUAAUUAGGUACUUCGUCAUUUAACAAAAGAUCAUUUAGUUUGAUGAAAAUAAGAUUCACCGAGCUGCGGGCGACUCUCGCUGUCGGAACGACUGUCAGCCGAUGCUAAUCGAAGCGCAGUCAGCCAUUUUGAUGCGAUCAUCGCUUCGUCGGGCCUUUAAAACAGGAGCGAUAAUAUUUACUGCCUCCUUUUCCCCCCUUAUAGAGGCGGGCCAUCAUUAUAUGAUGGCUGCAUAAUGCUGUUUAAAAUAGACUCUCACACACACACAAGCGGAUGAAACUAUUCAGUUUACGAAUUAUAACAGUUGUUGAAAAUAUUAUUACAAAGAAAAUAUUAUUGGGAGAAAUUGAUAGGAAAAAUUGAAAACAAAACAUAAAAAAUUGAGCCUCGUAUAAAUAACAACAGCUAGCGAAAAAAAAACAAAACGAGUGAACGGGAUCGAAAAUAGUAAAGUAAAAGAAAAAAAAACAUAAACACAAAGCAAAGCUAUAAUUGAGUGUUAAUUGAUAGUGCACCAUGGCAAUUUCAAUGUUUCAAUUCAUUGUCGAACGGAAUUCGUUUAGGAAUCGUUUGGCCUGGCUCGUUUUGUUCACAUUUUUGAACAUUUUUGUUUUUGUCGUAUUCUCGAUUAAUAUAUAAUAUUUAUUCAAACUCUUAAAUUAUUGAAACCGAGAUCGACGGAGCGAAAGUAUUUUGUUUAUGUUAAGCUUCCUUACUUUAACCUUUUAGUCUACCUUGGGUAUUGUGUUCAUGUAUUAAAUCCUGCAAAGCAAAAACCAAUUGAUAAAGUUGAUAAAUUUGUUAGUCUAACGCAUAGUGUAACUUUAAUGAACGAUUAACUAAACAAUAACAAAACACACAGCAGAAGAGAGAAAAUACAACAGAAUGCCAUAUCAGUAUGGCACCCUUACUUUUUGAGCUUAGGCUGAAUAGUUUUAUAUAAACUUAGUCAAUAUUUUUAAAAACAAACGAAAUGAACCUAAUGAAAGCGAAAUUUUAUUUAAGAAGAUAUUGAUUUGUUUAGAUUAUAUUUAAGAUGCUAUCAGAGAAACGAUUAUUACAAGUGGUAUGUGAAAUUGAUUGUGACUAAAUUAUUAGACCUAUUUUUACGUUAUGACUACUAUUAUCUCUGAGAACAUGAUUGAAUAGCUGAAAAUGUGUUACAAACUGGAAAGUAUACAAAUAAUGAAACCAGCUCGAAUGAAAAAAAAACAGUGAAACUGAUUGUUACAUUUAAACUACCGUAGAAAUAAAGCAGAAUAAUAAUUGCUCCCGUAUAGAUCAUGCAACAGCUACACACUACUUAUAAAAAAAAUCCAGUUAAGGCAACGGAAUCAAAUAGUUUUACUUAUAGCAGACCGCAGGGUAGCGUCGCUUACAAACAAACCACAAUAUGCAAAAGUAAUGGCAUUUAAAGGGGUUCUUAAUGCAAAACAUAGUUUCAUUCACUUACAACAACAACAACAAGCUAUUAAAACACCCACCACAUACACACGAUUACCGCUAAACGUAAAGAAACUAAUGGAAAAUAUGAACAAAAUCAUACUAAAAAAUAAACAAGCAACAUUGUAAAGUUAUGAUAUCUUUUUAUUGAAAUAUUAUUGAAAUAAAAAUUAAAAGAUCUAUAGACACAAGCUGUUAGUUUGAUUUACAUAUACGCUUAUUAAUUUACGGUCCGGUUUACACUUACAGUGAGACUUAACGCUAGCGAACAUCCCUCUUAUCAAAGCUUAGUACACAGUUGAAAACAGCUCGAGAAAAAAUGCUAAAAAAAAAUAAAGAAAUGCUAACAUUUGCAGUUUUGUCAGUUUUUUUUGUAAGAAUAAUUUAAUCAGAUAUAAUGCCGAAAGGAAAAGUGACAUUUCAGUUCAAUUGCAUAUGAAACGGCACCACCUGAACGAAAAAUAAAUUUUCUUGUAAGGGUUGCGUUAAAAAAUUGGUUAAGAAAUCCUCGAAGAAAUUGGUUUCUUGAGUAUUUCUUGUCCUAUCUUUUAAUCCAUUUCUUUUCAACUGUGUACCCCGCUUAAGAAAGCAACUUAGCAUGCAUGCGUUUACGACACAUUAUUUUUGACAAGUUUCGAAAAUUAUAUUUUAUUUUGUAAUUGUAAUUGAUGUUGUAUAAGCUGCAUAUUCAAGUAGAGGCGAUGAUUUUUGCUGAGCGUUAUGUCCGGUAUUUUUUUAUUAUUAUUAUUAUUAUUUCCGCAACUUUUCGAAACUCCAUUAUAAUCACUACAUUACAAACAGUCAUGAAUAUCAGGGGGCAGGGUCGACAUUGCAUGAUUGAUCAAUAUUCUAUUGACAUCCACAUUAGAACAUCAUCUAUCAACUCGCCAGGCAUUUCACAGGCCUCAAAGCAUUGAAACUUUGAAAUAAAUGGACCACCUUCGAAUCAGAACUACCGAAAUGACGCACACAUUUUGCGCGUGUUAAUUAUGAAUUUCUGAAAAUAAAAAAAAAAUAAAACGAGAACUUAAAACGAUUUUUUAAAAGAAAUGUUUAUAAACUGUUACACGAAUUACGAGCACCCCUUUAACUGCAAUUCAUUCUUUGAAUUUGAUUUUUUUUAUCUACAAUUUUGAAAUUAACCACUUCACACCAGUUUGCCACCAUUUAAUUUUAUAUUUAAAAUUCAAUCGAAAAUUAUAGAAACCCUAUGGUUCAGUUUAUGAACAACUGGUUGUCCAUUUCAAAUUUAACUAUAUUGGAUUCAGGUGCUGUAGUUGCGAAGCAAUAGACAUUAAGUAUAAUGAGCUUUCUGCAAUCUGUGUAUGAGCAUCCACAGCGGAAUAAAUUUUGAGUUUUGCUAGGAAGCCAAUAUAGCUACGAAACCGAUAUGCUUUUUGUUUUAUUUUACGUUUUCCAAUUUUUCCCAUCAAUUUUUCUCGCCAUCAGAUAUCAUUGUCAUAACUGCAACUAAAUGUAUGUAAAUUAAGCUUUAGGAAGUUGUAUAUAUUUGUUGCAAGACAAUGCCUAAGUCGAUUGAUCGGAUUUCAUGUUACGUUUGAGUCUUGAGAAUAUGAAUCGUAAAAAAAGUAGUCUAACAUUUCUUAAUUGACCGUCUUGCGUUCAUUGAAGCUAGUUAUAGCAAGCGUUGUUACACAUUCGAAUAUUCGCAUUCCACAUUAUCACACAGCAACCAAGUCGGUCGUUGAAAAAGUAAAUAUAUUUAGCAUUGCGAUAAUUGCUAGGAACUUACAUAAGAGAACUUAAUUUAGUAACUACAGUUAGAUUUCUCGUACGUAAGUAAAACUGAUCUAGACAUGCUAUACAUAAAAUAAAUAAGAAAUAUAGUAAACUUUAAAUGUUGACACAAUAAUAUGGCGGCAAUACUAACAAGGUGAAAUAAUCUUUACAAACAUAUUGAGCGCCACCGAAAUUUGAAGAAAUUAUUCAACAAGAUAUAUGAAAUAAAGAAAAAUAACUCUACACUCAUCAUAAUCCGAUUUUUUGUUUCCUUCUUUCAUUUUUAAAUAACAACUAAACAAUCGCAAACACAGUAGAACAUCCGGCAAAAAUAACCGUAAAGCUGAUAAAGGGGCAUAGACAACUGUUAUAAAUAGUUAGAAGUACGCACUUGAAUGUUACUCGUGCUCCAAAUAGUCUAGCGAUCUAGGAAAAAAUAAAAAAAUUGAAGUGCGGCAAUAGCAUACAAUUUUAAAUUAUGUUUUCGAUGACCGACUACUACUACUAUUACCGAUAACAAAUGAUGCAAAACUUUUUGUUUGUAAAAUUUCUUCAAUAUAUUUCGUAAUAAUUUUUAUCUCACGCGAGCUAAAUGAAUCAACAAAAUGGUAGUAAAAGAUUUCACUAUUUUUAUAUCCAAGCUGUUUCAACGAUUGAUUUACCAAAGUUAUUUGUUUUGUUGAUAAAUGCAUGUAAAACUAAUAUUAAGGAAACAAUACCAAGUAUAAACUAGAAAUUUUAAAGAAAAUCUGUAUAAAAUUCCCAAAACCAUUUAAAUAACCCAAAGCAAAAAAAAUACGGAAAUCAUUAUUUUACGACAUGUAAAAGAUAGUCAGUGAUGGAACAAAAAGAGUCGAAUUAUAUUACGGAUUGCUGGUGAGUGCUAGAUAAAACAGAAAGAAGAAAUAAUUUGGUCGUUCGAUUAUGCUUGAAUGUAAACAUUUUUAAGAAAGAAAUCAAUAAAACAUCCAUAGUGGUUA